AUGGUUUUCAGUACGAUCGUGGUCACGUCAGCCUUAAAGGGUGCCCUGGGCCUGGUAGGCACAAGUUUAUGGCUAAUUCCCCUGCUGAUAGCUGGCCUGUCCUACUAUCGAUACGAUCAACUCGAUCCCGAGAGUCGACCGAUCGACAGGUACCCUCUGCGCCCGGAAUACGAUUUCAUAGUGAUAGGUGGAGGAUCAGCUGGAGCUGUCGUUGCCAACAGACUCUCAGAAGUACCAAAUUGGAAGGUUCUACUGCUAGAAGCUGGUCCCGAUGAGAACGAAGUAACAGACGUGCCUUCUCUGGCAGCUUAUCUUCAGCUGACCAAGCUAGACUGGAAAUACAAAACAGAGCCCACUGGAAGAGCCUGUUUAGCCAUGAACGGUGGUCGUUGCAACUGGCCUCGAGGCAAAGUUCUAGGUGGCUCGAGUGUGCUCAAUUACAUGCUCUAUGUUAGAGGGAAUAGGCACGAUUACGAUUACUGGGAGUCUCUAGGCAACCCUGGCUGGGGAUUCAACCAAGCGCUCUAUUACUUCAAAAAGUCCGAGGACAACAGGAAUCCUUACUUGCAGAAGAGUCCCUAUCACUCCACCGGCGGUUACUUAACGGUGCAAGAAUCUCCGUGGAAGACACCUUUAGUGGUAGCUUUCGUACAAGCUGGAACCGAGAUUGGCUACGAGAACAGGGACAUAAACGGAGAGAGGCAAACUGGUUUCAUGAUAGCUCAGGGAACGAUUCGCAGGGGCAGCAGGUGCUCCACGGCGAAGGCGUUCUUACGUCCAAUUAGGCUCCGUCCAAACAUCCACAUCGCUAUGAAUUCUCACGUCACGAGGAUCCUCGUCGAUCCUGUUACCAUAAAAGCUACCGGAGUCGAAUUCGUCCGAGAUGGACGCAGGCAAAUCGUGAGGGCAAAGAAGGAGGUGAUCCUUUCAGCUGGAGCCAUUAACAGUGCGCAGAUUUUAAUGCUCUCCGGCAUAGGACCUGAAGAACACCUACGUCACCUGGGAAUACCGGUGGUUAAGGACCUCAGAGUGGGUGAUAAUCUGCAGGAUCACGUUGGAAUGGGUGGUUUGACGUUUCUCAUCGACAAACCGGUAUCCAUCGUUCAAAAUCGUCUUCAAGCUGUUCCAGUGACCAUGCACUAUGUAGCCAAUGGAAGAGGGCCAAUGACCACUCUAGGCGGUGUCGAAGGCUACGCUUUCGUCAAUACGAAAUUUGCCAACAGAUCGAUGGAUUACCCAGACAUUCAACUGCACAUGGCACCAGCGUCCAUUCAUUCUGACUCUGGUAUCCAAGUGAAGAAGGUCCUGGGUAUCACUGACGAGGUUUACAAUACAGUCUACAAACCUAUAGCGAACAAAGACGCCUGGACCAUAAUGCCUCUAUUGCUCAGGCCUAGAUCGCGAGGCACAGUUAGACUACGUAGCUCCAAUCCGUUUCACAGUCCAAUGAUCAACGCCAACUACUUCUCUGACCCGAUGGACAUUGCUACCCUGGUGGAAGGUGCUAAAAUCGCGAUGAGAGUCAGCGAGGCUAAAGUCUUCAAGCAGUUCGGCUCUAGAGUGCAUCGAAUUAAACUGCCAGGUUGCAAGCACUUGAAGUUCGCCUCGGAUGCCUACUGGGAGUGUCAUAUUCGACAUAUCUCGAUGACCAUAUAUCAUCCAGUUGGAACCACGAAGAUGGGACCUCCUAGUGACCCUACUGCUGUCGUGGAUCCUAGAUUGAGGGUCUACGGGAUUGAUGGUUUAAGAGUGAUCGAUGCAUCGAUCAUGCCGACCAUUUGCAGCGGGAACACGAAUGCUCCGGUGAUUAUGAUCGGUGAGAAAGGGGCUGAUAUUAUUAAGGACGAUUGGCUAGCGAUGGAGUCUACGAGAAGUUUGUGA